UCUCUUCGUGAUUCAUUCCAGUUGGGAUGAGGAGGGAUGCUAGGGAAAUGGUUGUCAUCGCGGGAUAAUGAUGCUUCAGAGGGUUUCAUCGUCAAUAUGGGGAAGGAAUGGCGAUGGCAAGGCCAGUCUAUGAGGUGAUGUCAGCUGGAACGAGAAUAGAAUAAGACUGUUAUUUGACAGAGAGCGAUGGCUUUUCCAAGGAUUCUGCACUGGUGAAGACGUUUGGCUGCCAAGUCCUUCCUCAGUAGGCUACCUGUAGUUCAAUAUCAGGGCUGUCAGUGACUUUUGCACGUGAGCCUGGCCUACAGGAGUGCAUGAUAAACCCAUUUGCAAACUGCACCUCCAAAUUCUCCAAAAGUCCUCUGUGGAUUCUGCUGACCCAUUCAGUCAAGGGCAGACAGGGGAGGAAUUUGGAUUUCUGAUUUCUCGAAGGGAAAGUGAACGAAACAGUCAUCAAGAUGUUUUCUGCACUAAAGAAACUUGUUGGCUCUGAGGGAGGGCAACUGAGGGAGAGAAAUAUCCCAGCUGGCCUGCAGUCAAUGAACCAGAGUCUUCAGCGGCGCUUUGCCAAGGGCGUGCAGUAUAACAUGAAGAUUGUCAUCCGUGGGGACCGGAAUACUGGCAAGAGUGCUUUAUGGCACCGGCUGCAGGGGAAGAAGUUUAUCGAGGAGUAUAUACCCACCCAGGAAAUCCAGGUCACCAGUAUACAUUGGAACUACAAAACAACAGACGACGUGGUGAAAGUGGAGGUGUGGGAUGUGGUGGACAAAGCAGGGAAAGGCAAAAAGCGAGGGGACAACCUGAAACUGGAGAACGAGCCUCAGGAGUCGGAAGCCGAGAUGGCCCUGGAUGCCGAGUUCCUGGAUGUUUAUAAGAACUGUAAUGGGGUGAUCAUGAUGUUCGACAUCACAAAGCAGUGGACCUUCAAUUACAUCAUGAGGGAGCUGCCCAAAGUGCCCAUGCACGUGCCGGUGUGUGUGCUCGGUAACCAGAGGGACAUGGGCGAGCACCGGGUCAUCCUGCCCGACGACACGCGGGACUUCAUCUCCAGCCUCAACAGGCCUCGAGGCUCCUCGUACAUUCAUUACGCCGAGUCGUCCAUGAAGAACGGCUUUGGGCUGAAGUACCUGCAUCGCUUCUUCAACAUCCCCUUCCUGCAGCUACAGAGAGAGACGCUCCUGAGGCAGCUGGAGACAAACCAACUGGACAUCGACGCCACUCUGGAGGAGCUCAACGUCCAGCAGGAGACGGAGGAUCAGAACUAUGAAAUAUUCAUGGAUAUGAUGGAGGCCCGCGGGAAGGGCUACAACUCGCCGGGCCCAACCAACGGCCAGAGCCCCUCCUCGGGCUCCCAGUCGCCCGUGGUGCCCCCGGGGGCCGCCUCGCCUAGCGUGUCCAGCCCCAGCACCCCCCAGGCUCCGCCGCAGACGCAGCCCAUCCCGGUGCCCCACCCGGCCAGCGCACCCCGUGCCCCUCCGCAGGCGGCCGCUCCUCAGCUGGCCACUCCGACGCAGGCGGUGGCGCCGUCGCACCCAGUGCAGCAGCUCCACGCCGAGCCACCCGUCGCCUCGUCUCCACCCACCUCUGCUGCUGCUGCUGCUCCGCCCCAGAAACGAGGCUUCAUGUCCCGCCUGUUUGGGGGCGCCGCCGCUCCCGAACAAACCCCAGACUUGGGGACAUCAGGCACUUCACAGCCCACAGGCAAGGUGCAGAGUGUGGAUGACUUCAUGCCAGAGUUGGGCUUGGACAAGAGCUUCCUGGAGGACGGUGGCACCAGCGCUGCCAAGUCCAGGCAGAAAGCCCGACAUACUGCUACUCUGGAUAGUGACAGUGACGGGGAGGGCAGAGGAGGCAACCCCCUGGUCUCUGGUUUCCAGGACGACCUGGACCCUGAUGACAGAGUGGCGGCAGCGCAGCCGUUACCGCAGGUGGCCGCCCCGAGUCUGGACGUCACGCUGACCAGCGAUGAGGAGGAGGUGAAGCCCUCCACCGCCGCAGCAGCAGCCUAUCAGGACAAAAGAGGCUCGUCUGCGGGGGCGGACUUGAAGGGGUUCUCCAUGAACUCUGUGCUGAAGCCCCAACCAGCGAAGACCAAAGCGGUCGAGAGGCCGGCCACUCUCAAGACCAAGGCCGCCUCCCCGGCGCCGCAGCGGCAGGCUAAGAAGACAGGGGGCGCUGUGGAGGCCGAGUCCUCUGACUCGGACCAUGGUGGGCCUGUUGCCAAGCAGAUGCUCUCGUUCGUCAUGGACGACCCCGACUUUGAGAGUGAGGAUGUGGAGAUCCCAAAGACCAAAAAGGAAUCUUUCCCAGGGCCGGAUGACCUCUCGGACAGGUCAGAUGACUGUUUUGGCCUGACGGGACACCCUGAGCCGCCUAAAGCCAGCGCCCUGUCCUUCAAGAGCCACAACAGUGACAUUGACCUGUUCGGCCUGGCCUUCAAUGAGACGCCAUCCAAGAGCAAAGACAGCAGCGAGGACCAAGAAGACAACGAGAGCAGACACUCCGGAAAAGAGAAGAAGAAGAAGAAAAAGAAGAGCAAAGAGGAGGAGGAGAAGAGCAGUAAGAAACGACACAAACACAAGAAGAAGGAGAGGGAGGACUCGGGAACGGGUGAUGAAAAAGACAAGGAGAAGGAGAAGGAGAAGAAGAAGAAGAAGUCGAAGACCAAGAAGGCAUCCAACGUGGACGACCUGGAGGCUUUCCUGGCUGGAGGGGACGGGCCAAGCAGGAGUGGGGGCGGAGACUACGAGGAGCUCUAGAACUCUCAAGUGUCCAAUCAGGGUUUUCGUUUUGUUUUGUUUUUUGCAUCAGGGGUGUGGCCACGACCCAUUUGUUGGACUUUUCAUUGUGCAGAUUCAUUUCACCUUACCUGAUUUUGUGGUGCCUACAUUUUUCGAUUCUUUCAAAUGUCCUGUUUUCAAGUUAAUAUUUUCAUGUUUCUCUUUUAUCACAUAGGAUAUAGUCUCCCAAUAAGUCUAGGGGGUCAGUUAUCAUGAAAUCAAAUUUUAGCCCAUCCUCUCACUAGUAAAUACUUCAUAAAUUUUCCCAAAUAUAAAUUCAUCUAUUUCAACGUUUGAAUGAAAAAGAUAAGUAAAUUCCCAGCAGUGAUUCAGCCCGAGUUUUAUAUUUAGCUAAAGCACAUAAACUUCAGUAUCACGCUCCAGCUUACAGCAAACAAUAUUUAUUUUACAGUUAGCUUACCUAAUAGAACGUAAAUAGUGUGCCACUUGCACAUACUCUGAAAUCUCUGCUGAGCAUUUUGUUCAGCUAUCAUUGGCCAUUAGCCGUCUUCCUCACGAAAAUAAUGAAACAAACCUCUCUGAUGGCGAUUGCUGUUUGAAGACAGAUUUUUUUCCAGAGCUCUUCUCUCUCUUCUUGCAUUCCUUCCAUUGAUCAAAUGCCUUAACUGAAGCGUAACUCUUACACCAUCAGGACAGAAGCCUUUCUAAAACAGUGCUCUACUACGCAGAAGUGCUGUUUGUAGCUUACAGUAAAACAACAGCCAAGCUAAGCGAAGUACGUACCGUAAUUUCCAUAGCGUUGGCCCAUUUAGAUUUUUUUAAACAUGUUUUAAAGUCCCCUUUAGAGAAAAAAAAACAGUUUAGUAAAAAGAAGCUGGUCUGUCCCAUAUGAAGUCACACUUUCAUUUAUAUCAGUAGAGAGAGGUGUUAGACUGACCGUAAUUAUAACCAGUUAGCGCUGAUAGCAUCAUUUGUGCCCAUAUUUUUUUCUAUCUCCCUUGUGGAGAAUAUGAUUGUUGGCAUUUUUAGACACGUUAAAUGCUAAUUAUCUUGACCUAAUUCAUCCAGUUUACCUUACUGGCUCUGUGCAGGUUUCAGCUAGGUUAGCACUGGCCUCCAACAACUGACAGCAUUAAGCUGGUCAGUGUUUCUCAUUCCGUUAUCAAGACUCAUUCAUGGGGUCAAACCUGACCGACUGGACGAGUGAUUGUUGCUGCUUUUAGAGCUUUCUAGAAUUGGUUGUCCCUGCCAUGGAAGAAAAAAAGAAUAUAUUUAUGAAGAUGUAAAGUAAAUGAAAUGUUGGAAUAUGUUUAAAUCCAUAUCCUAUUUUGAAUACACACAUUUCUACCAUUUCAUAUUUAUUUAUUUUUGUCUAUUUUGACAUGUGGAGAAAUAUUUUGGGACAUUGUACGAGUUUACACAGUAAUGUAUUCAUGAAUGCAAAUGAUAUGCACAGAUAUUUGUGAACACCUCUGCACCGCCUGUCUGAACAUGGAGGUCUCCCCAGGUGACCUGUGUCCUUUUUAUUCCUCUCAUGGCUGGCUUUGCCCCCCCCCCUCUCUUUCUCUCUCUCCCUCUUUCUCUCUCUCUCUCUCUCUCUCCCUCUUUCUCUAUUUUUUCAUUUUCUUCUUCUCUGCCUUCAUGUCGGAGGUUAUUUUUAAACGGUGUGUGUAGUAAAUGGCCGCCAACACGGCCUGUGUCCUCUGGCACACCCCUCCUGCCAUUUUCAGGGGCUUUGUCCCUUGAUGAGCAGAGAAGACCCACCGCUGGGUUUCUUUCUGUUCUCAAACGUCUUCCCUGGCAUGGGGAGAUUUGCUGGGAUUGUGGCGCUGGAUUGGUUCCCUCGUUAGUGCUUAGCGGAGAGGAACAAGGGUUAGCCCAGUCUGACCCCUGUGCCACUCUGCCCCACCCACCACCCCCCUAGCCAUAGAGAGCCACCCCAAGGUCAUGGAGGAGAAGCUCCAAGUUCUGUGUCUGUGACGGCAAAGGGUCAACAGAUCCUCUGUGCAAGGACUCAGCUGUGCUCAUUGGGUGGGAUGUAGUGUUGUUGAUGGACUCUCUGUGGAAUGUGUGAGAAUGUAGUCUGUGUGUGUGUGUGUGUGUGUGUGUGUGUGUGCUGUGCAUUUUUACCCGGACCUGUAGACUGAAGCCACAAUUCAGCUGAUGGUUUCUGCAUGCUCACUGUGAGCGAACGGGGGGAGAAAAGAAAUCCAAAUGUCAUGUCAUCCCUUCUGGAAUAUUUGCGCAUCGCUUCGCUUCUCUUCUGAAUGAUGGGGGUGUGUUUUCUCUUUCUCCCUUUUCUCAUCUUUUAUUUGUGUUGUUUUUUUUUUCAUUGUUGUGUUUGUCUGGUCAAGUGUGAUUCCAUCACAUGUUCAGGUUCCCCCCUCAAACCAACUUGACUUUGGUGUUUGUUGACCACUCCUCUGAGCCUCUCUCACCCCUGUUACAGCCCUGGCUCCUCGUAAGGGCUGUGUUCUCCACGGUAGCUUGCACCCAUGCCAGCCCAAUUGAGGGGGGCAGGGAUAAGAUGCCAUUGUCCAACCUCUCCCUCUCCAACACUCACGGACAAGUUUGGGCGCCACCUUGACACCCAUAGUGUCCCAUUGGGUUCAGGCAUCUGCAGUGCUGCCCUCUAAAGGCCAGUGUGGGAACUUCUCUUUUACCUCCUGAGCUACAAAUAUCAACGUCAAGCCUAAAGAACUUCAUAUUGAGCAUGGUUGACUUUGGGGCUGCUCUGUCCCGUAGACUACAGCAUGAGAGGGGUUCUGGCUGACGACAGACCUGACAUACUCAGCUGGAAAGCCAUCACUGUGGUUGAUGUUAUAGCGAGAACUGGUAUCAGCUUAUUUCAAAAAAGUUAUAAGAUAAUGUUUAAUGAUGUAUAAAACCUGUUGUGUGCGUGUGUGUGUGUGAGUGUGAAUGAUCAGAAUGACAGAUUUUUAAAACACAAUAAUGCAAUGUUUUCCGUUCUUUCCUUGUGCUUAAUUUAAUUUAAUCACACAUUAUUUUAAGAAUGUGCAAUCCUUUCCACACCAUUUCUCAGACCAAUGUGACAGGUUGUGUUCAGUAAUAACAUUUGAUUGCAAAGAACAAUUUUAUUUUGACAUUCUUUGGUAUACCUCCAUUUCCCCAUCGUGGGUAUGUAACGGUGUGUUCAAACAGUUUGAAUAAAUGCAAACAUCUUUUCUCCCUUA